ACAUAAAACUGGGCACGAAGAUAUUGUUUUCAUUUCUUUCUCCUCCAUUUUAAUCGACAGAUUGCAAACUUGACAGUUCAGUUUAUGAGUAUGUAAUGGCAAAGUAUGUCAGAUCAGAAGAAAGGUGACAACAAGGGGCGAGAAAAGGAAGAAGAAGGGGAUUUUCAAGAAGAAAGUGGCGUUUUAUUUUACGUCAAUAAAGAUGGUUUUCCUAUCAGUAAGAAGACAUGGGAACGAAUGUGGAAUCACGUGUCGAAAAUACAUCCAAAUGGGACAAAAAUGGUGACCGAUGUGAGAAACAAUAAAGAUCUACCCAAGUAUAUAUAUAACCAUACAGGGACGCAAUUCUUUGAAAUUAGGAAAAACAGACCACUAGCCGGGCAUGUUGACUCUGCUAAAGAAAUGAUCCGUGAGUCACUUCCAAUUAAAUGUCUUGAAGCUGUAAUUCUUGCCAUUCAUUUAACCAAUGGGAUAGCCGGUUUAGAAAGAUUUACUAUUAGUUUUAAAACUCAGUUUUCUGGGAAUUACCAUCGACAUGUGGUACUUGGCGUUUACUAUGGCGGUAGAUAUGGAGCAUUGGGGAUGAGUAGAAGAGAUGACUUGAUGUAUAAAUCUCUUGUAUUCAAGAGCUUAACAGAUUUACUAAUUGAUUUUGAAGACUCAUAUAAAAGAUAUUGGCAUACUGUUAAAAAAUGCAAAGUUGGAUUACCAGUGUCACAUGACCCCCAUAGUUAUGAACAAAUACACUGGAAGUACCUCUCGUUAAAUAUGAAUAAACUAUCUAAAGAUGAUUUAAGAAAAGAAGUUGACAGACAUGCUAAAGACAUGCGAAGCCGGUUCAAGCAAGCUACUCAAGUGAAGGAACUCAAAGCGCCAUUAUCACCACGAAAGGAGUCCAUUACAGGGAAAUCACCACGGAAAGAUUUGAUCCAUUCCACUCCACGCAAAGCUCCCAGUAUACCUCCACUUGCUGCAUCAUCUUCUGUAGAGUCAGAUAGUGAUAAAAGUCCUAUCGUUGCUAGGAAACAAUUUACUCAUGCAGAGUAUCAAAUCAGGAUUUAA